CACAAACAGCUUUGCAAUCCAUUUCCUUGUCUACCUCAGAACAUCCAUUCAGUUCCUUGGGUGCUCUGCGUGAGGCUGGGACCCCAGGCUAACUGCAUGGCAUCUCCUGGAACACGCUGAAUCCUUAAGGUUCCUGCCCGGGGUGUCCCCAUGGCGACAUGGUGGCAGCUCUGUGUGUGCAGCCUGGGGAUCCUCCUCCUGACGCCGUGUUCUCUCUCUGAGAAGUUUUCCCUGGCUGGCUCCCAGCACCCCGUGGUGGGGGUAGUUGGCCAGGAUGUGGUGUUACCCUGCCAGCUCUCACCCCCGGCCCGGCUGCCCAACAUGGAAGUGCUGUGGAGGAAAAUUGGAACAAUAUUUAUCACGGUUCACAAGUACUUGGAUGCGGGUUCCCAGGACCUGCCAGGGGAGAGUUACCAGACCCGGACGGAGCUGUUCCCGCAGGAGUUUAGCAGUGGGAACGUCUCCCUGAAGCUGAAAGGGCUCCAAGGGGCAGAUGCUGGGACAUACCAUUGCUUUGUGAGGAACCCAGAAUGGAGCCAGGAAGCCACCACUGAGCUAAGGGUCGCAGCUGUGGCUCCAGUGUUCAUCGAUGUUCUGGGCCCCCGGGGUCAGGGGAUCGGGCUGGCCUGUAGAUCUUCAGGCUGGUUCCCCAAACCUGAACUCCAGUGGGUUGGAAAGAACUGGCAGAACCUGGCGAUGGAGAUUGUGACCAAUGUGACUCAGGACAGGGACAACCUGUAUAGUGUUGUGAGUCACGUCACUGUCACAGAAGGGGAAGAGAAUGGAGACAUCAGCUGCAUAGUGAGGAAUGGCCUGCUGGAGCCUGAGAGACAAUCUGCCAUUUACCUCUCAGCCAGCUUGGAAAACAAUUGUUCUCAGAACUUAACUGGACUGGACGUGGUGACUGAGCACUGGGAGCUGUGUGACAGUAACCAUACGAACAGCCAGCUGGUGCGGGCAGGGCUGGGCAGGCUGGAUGCAGACCUGCUGGCUGUUGGCUUGUAA